CGGAGCUUCCGCUUCCGGCGGGGCCGUCCUCAGCGGCGGAGAUGGCGGCGACAGCGGCGGAGGCCGCGGCCUCUGGCUCUGGAGAACCCCGGGAAGAGGCCGAAGCCCCAAGCCCCGCCUGGGAUGAAUCCCAGCUGCGCAGUUACAGCUUCCCGACCCGGCCCAUCCCGCGUCUGAGUCAGAGCGACCCCCGGGCGGAGGAGCUCAUAGAGAACGAGGAGCCUGUGGUGCUGACGGACACAAACCUUGUGUAUCCUGCCCUGAAGUGGGACCUCGAUUACCUGCAAGAGAAUAUCGGCAACGGAGACUUCUCCGUGUACAGCGCGAGCACCCACAAGUUCCUGUACUACGACGAGAAGAAGAUGGCGAACUUCCAGAACUUUAAGCCAAGGUCCAACAGGGAGGAGAUGAAGUUUCAUGAGUUCGUGGAGAAACUGCAGGGUAUACAGCAGCGCGGCGGGGAAGACCGGUUGUAUCUGCAGCAAACGCUCAAUGACACCGUGGGCAGAAAGAUUGUCAUGGACUUCUUGGGUUUUAACUGGAACUGGAUUAAUAAGCAACAGGGAAAGCGUGGCUGGGGGCAGCUGACUUCUAACCUGCUGCUCAUUGGCAUGGAAGGAAAUGUGACGCCUGCUCACUAUGAUGAGCAGCAGAACUUUUUUGCUCAGAUUAAAGGCUACAAGCGAUGUAUCUUAUUCCCUCCGGAUCAGUUUGAGUGCCUCUACCCAUACCCUGUCCAUCACCCGUGUGACAGACAGAGCCAGGUGGACUUUGACAAUCCUGACUACGAAAGGUUCCCCAAUUUUCAAAACGUGGUUGGUUAUGAAACAGUGGUUGGCCCUGGUGAUGUUCUUUACAUCCCAAUGUACUGGUGGCAUCACAUAGAGUCAUUACUAAAUGGGGGGAUUACCAUCACUGUGAACUUCUGGUAUAAGGGCGCACCCACCCCUAAGAGAAUUGAAUAUCCUCUCAAAGCGCAUCAGAAAGUGGCCAUAAUGAGAAACAUUGAGAAGAUGCUUGGAGAGGCCUUGGGGAACCCACAAGAGGUGGGGCCCUUGUUGAACACAAUGAUCAAGGGCCGAUACAACUAGCCUGCCAGGUUCAGGCCUCCUGCCAGGUGACUGCUAUCCCGUCCACACCGCUUCAUUGAGGAGGACAGGAGACUCCAAGCACUAGUAUUGCACGCUGCACUUAAUGGACUGGACUCUUGCCAUGGCCCUGGAGGAAGGUGUAUGGGGCGAGGCAGGGUGGUUGGCACUCCACUGCCAUCUGGAGGGACUUCUUACCCUCGCCUCUCAUGCCCCAACACUUUUCCUCUCUGCCCCCUGAAGUCCUGCAUUCAGUGUGUGGAGUCCCAGCUUCUGGUUGUCAUCAUGUCUGUGUGUCGUCUGUCAGCCUCGGGAAUUGUGUGUGUCCAUGCACACACGUGUUUGUAUCUGUUCCCUCCCUCUGGGUCAGGAUGUCACUUCUGGCUCUCAGCCCUAUCUCCUACAACCUCAGUGCCUCAGCCUGAGAGAGAGAGGAGAUGCUCAUGGACCCCUCACUGCAUCUGGGCCACAAGGCCAGAGGUAGCAGAUCUGACCAUUGAAUCAGUCUGCCUCCUGUGAAGUUUUGCAUUGUCAGGUGGGAAUGGCUACUGGGACUCUAAUGAAGAGAGCGGCUUGUCUUUGAGAGCCCAGAUAGCCUUCCACUGAGUGAGGAUUAGCCAGGGUUCCAGUUGGGACCUACAAGCUCAAGCCAUACACAAGAAGAAACCUUGGAACACAAGAACCAAGGAUUGUGCAGAAAUUCCAAAUUACAGACACACAUAGCUUUUCUCUUUCAGCACCAGCUCUUACCCCUGUGCUAGGUAUCCAGGGAGUUAUAGGAGUUAUAGCUGUGGUUCCUCUAGGUUCUAGGGGUGCAAGUCUCUGUGUAUCUGUGUGUGUGUGUGUGUGUGUGUACAUGUGCACAUGCACCCACAUGCACAUUUAUUCAUAUGCAUAUGUGUCUGCACUGGCUAGUCUCCCUGCUUACCAAGGUUCUCUGUCGCUCACCCUGCCCAGUGGGACAGUGCAUUGUGAUUCCCAGAAGUACCACCUGACUUAGCGUAAAGCUUUUUAACUAGGAUUUUAGCCAUCAUGUAUUGGUCAGGUCUCACUGCAGCCUGCCUGAGGCUUACUGGCUAGAACCUCCAGGCACAUGACCCUUCCUGCCCAGAUCACAUCCUCUACUCCUGCUGAGUUCCUGGCUGAGUAGACGAAACGGGGUCAAGCUUAGGCAGCUAACUCACUACCUUUCAUCCACCUCAGGGCAAGGGCAGAAAUGUAGCCUUGCCUCUUAAAGCCAGCGCCUCUGCCAGACCCCAUUGUCGUGUUCCACAGCACCCUCAUUAGUCAGGGCCACUGGUAGAGCAUGGGAAGAAAAUUUCCUUUUCUGUUGGUAGCUACUCACGGGCACCCUCUCAGGGCUGCAGCGUACAGCUGGGCAGCUUCUAUUGCACAACUCGAAGGGCUGUCGUUCACAGCUCUUCAGUGGGGCCGGGGCCCCUGGAACUGGGCAGUGUGGUAGCCCUGUGUCUACUUCCACUCCCAUCUCCAUCAUCCCCUUGUCUCUGGAAGGGAAGAGGAAAUGGGAAGCCUCUGGUUUUAUUUUGUUUCUUUUUUUUGCCAAAGGUUUACUUCCAGUGUAUGAACUAUGGCUGUCACCCCUAAUGCUCAGUUUACAGUGCCCUGUUGGACUGAGCAGAUGUGUGUAUGCAUGCGUGUGCUUGUGUUUAUAUCAUGGGGAAGGCUGUUUAUUUUGAGUGCCCCAUUCUAGGGUUCUCUGAUGCAGUGUGGGUGUGUAGACUUGGUAGGUACCAAAUGUAGCUCUUUCAAAUAUAGCUAGUGUUGGGAAACAGGAUUGCAGUGAUCUCCAUCCCUCCAUCUCUUAGGGGGAAGAGGAGUGCAUCAAAGAGAAAAAGGCAGAUGGAGGAAAAACGUGCCCACAUCCACACUUGGAACAAGAGCAGAUUGUUACUCUUCUCAGCAGGUUGCCACGUUCCUGGCUCAGCCCCUCAAAGAAGUGGGUGAUGCGCAGCAGGCAGGCGUGUGCCACUCAUCUGGUCCUUGCUGGAUGCUGUGCUGACACAGCUCUGACUAAAGGUGGCCAAGGCGGAAGGUGGGGGAAGGCUGAUUUUGGAGCCUUCACAGGAUUGGCCCUGAUCCUUGAAUAAUAUAAUAGUGACCCCUGGGUUUUAGAUGUGUAAUGUGUGCCUGGUGCUUUUAUCUUUGUUCCUCAAUAUAUCCUGCAGGGUGGGCAUUCUGACUUCACAAAUAAAGAGGUGGGCUCAGAGAGAUUGAGUAGUAGCCAUCAGGAUUCAAGCCCAAGACUACUUGGCUACAACCCCCCUGCUGGCUCCUUCCCAGCAGACUAUGUUGAUUGUCCUUCCUUACCUCUCUCACAUGUAUCCCGGGCCCUGAAAGGCAGGCUCAGCAGAGAGGCUGUAGAAGCUACCAGAGAGAAAACUCUGGACUCCCAGCUAAAGAUAUCUUGAGAACACUGCUUGGGAAGCGUUAUUAUGAAUUAAGAGUGUCAGAAGAAGCCAUUAGUAACUUGUGUGUCUUUGAAUAGAUCCCAUAACUCCUCCCAGCAUGCUUUUGUGUCAACAGAACUGAAGUACUUGUAGGUGAUCACUGAAGAAUCUUGAUUCAUGUUCUGCAUUGCUUCCCUCAGUGAAUGAAGAGACUGAGGCUCCUUCUCUUAACUGGGUUAGGGCACUUAGGCUCAAAUUGUGCUCACAGCAGAGGAGAGGGUGGCUCCUAGAGUUGUAGACCCCAUCCUAGCUGGCACACACCAAGGAAGGAUGGCGAUUUGGGCCAGUGUAGAGGUCAGCCAUGUUGUAAGCUCUCAUGUUCAUACUAGCAGCCACAGAGAAAACUACUGUAUUGUGAAGUCAAAUAUUUGUUGGGGGGUUGGAGUUCCAGGGAUGGAGGAGGGGCUGUUCUGGGCAUCAGUUGAGCAGAUGCCCAGGAUGCCUGGGGGAGACCAGCUUCCCCUACAAAUCAGAGCUCUAAAUUACAAGGUUUUUACCACGCGAACAGUUGGGGGAAGUCGUCUGCUCUCAUUUGCGUAAUGGUUUCUGUCACUGGUGAUUAGACACAGGAUGAAGGAAAAGAAAUUUGACAAUUAGGAAUGAGCGAUCAUUAAUCUGAAUCUGUUAGGAGACAGAGGGGAAGGCUCCCUAUCCGUGGGCCAGCCCAGUGUGGAGAAACUCCCUCCUCUGCCCCAUGGAGACUCCUGGGCCACUACCCUUUCAGUGUUCUUACAGAUGGGUGGAGCUUGUGUUUCUUCAGGAAAACUAGAGGUGCAGUCUCCGGCCUGAGAGGGAUACAGGUACAGACAUCUUCUGUUAGGAGUCAACAGAACAGAGGUGGGUGUCAAAUGGGAGCUACAGGACAGAGGAUAAUAGAAGAGUGUUGACGUGCGUUUGUAGUUUGUGGAAAUGUUUUGUCAUAACACCCGUAAGCCCUGACUUGUGAAGAGAAUUUGUUGGACUCAAGGUGUGCUGAGCAUGAAGAAAACCUGACUUUGUCAAACCUCAGAAGCUUCUGCUUAGUUGAAGAGGAAGCCACACGAAACAGCCAGGGGCUACAAAGCCACCAUAUAUGCUGUGCGCCUGGGCUCCCCCAAGCCCUGGGCCCCCUGGGGAAGAACUCAUCACUGUAGGCUUCCCUGCAGCAUCAGUUUUCCUCCCUGCACCAGUACAGCUGUGACUUGGUAGAGGGCACUGAGGCCUUUGCAUCUUCCCAUGUCUGAGUUACCUCUCCUCCCUCCUCUGUUUCUUCAGCCUUCAAGGGCAGUAUUGAUUUGUACUUGUAUGUGUGCUUCAGUUUGGGGGUGUGUAUGUGGUGGGAGGCCUCCUGAGGAAUUGAGGGAUGGACAGUUGUUGGGUUGUUUUCCCAAGGAAAGGGCUAUGUGUCUCAGUAAGUUCUGUACCUCUGGAUCUCCCAUGCUUCAAAGCCAGAUGCUCACAAGGGUGACAGGAAAUGACCAUCAGUGACCAGUUUUAGCCAGAUGGGAUAGGUGAUGGGUGUGCCUGGAAGUGGCUCAGGGCAUUCCAGAAGCCUGUUAUACUCCCUUUUGUCCUCAGCUUCCAGCUGCUGGUCCUCCAGUCCUUGCCCACUUCCUCUCAAGCUUCCUGCCAGCCUCCCUUCUCAGAGCACCCCUUGAUUCCUCCUCAAAGAGUAACCCCGUUACCACAGACUUUUCCUAAACAGUUGCCCUUCACUCAAGCUCCAUGGUUGCAGGUGUUUGGAUAGACUGGACUGUAGGGUCCUUCUGCCUGGGAUCACCCUGUUCAUCUUAGGUCCAUCCUCCUCUUGAAACCUUUGAGAGCUCUGGUUCCUUGCCCAUGGUUAGUCUGGUUCUUUGCUCUAACCUCGCCAUUCCUUUGCCAGUUCUGCACAGCCUCCCUCCGGUGGCCCUUUCUGCCUGUCUUCAGCCAGCUCUGUUGAACCCUCACAGGUCUUAGGAUCCUGAGUGGAGCCCUGCUGAGCACUUCUGGUGCAUUUUGGGGAGUGAAGCCUCUUAACGGGCAGCCUUGAGGUCCAGGAGCCUAUGGUCAAUGAGGCCUUCAGAGAUGGGUUAGGGGAGGGACCUAGAGAAUGGUAGAGAACAGUAGGGGGUGGGCUUGGGCAUUGAUCAGGAGACCUUGGGGAUAGUGCCAGGUCUGGUAAACUAGAGCAGAAGAACUGAAGUUUGUGUCUGAGUUCAUGAGUGUAGCUUGGAGUCCAGCAGUUCAGCAAUGAAGGGCGUUUUGUAAGGAGACAUUUUUUUCAGGUAUCUGACUGUCCUCAAGUUUGACCUCUGCAUUGUAGAGGUUGCUGGAAGGGAAGCAACACAUUGAGGAGUCAGCUGUCAGGAGGGGAGGUCUUAGAGGAGAGAAAAGGCCCCUGUGGCAGCUCAUCCCCAGACUUUAUACUCCUCCAAGAGUUUGAGUCAGAGAGGAUGCAGAGGCUUAAAAACUGCUCCCGGCCCCACUGAAGCCUGGUCUCUAGUAUCUGGGAAGGAACGUGUGUCCUUUAACUUUGGAGUGGGUGACAGUCUAUCCUGGGGUUUAAAAGCCUGGGCAUGGGGUCCUAUAUCUGAUUCAGAUUUCUACCUUUGCUGCUUCGUAACUCAGUUUGCCCUUGGUUGAUGACUUCACUUCUCUGAGCCUCAGUUUCCUCAACUGUAAUAGGCAGAGGUGGGGGCGGGGGCGUGUUGAAAAUAACUACCUCAGGGUUGUUGGGUGAACUGAAACAAUGUUUGUAAAGCUUUAGCACAGUGCUUGGUAAGCACUUAAUAAAUGGCUGUGGUGGUGGUA